UUUCCACCGUUUUUCACCCGAAUCUACCUUUUUCUCCCCACCCCCUUCGCCACCCCCACCCGUCGGCCAUGAUGUGACGUCACAGCGCCCCAUCAACUGGGCGGUCCCGUCCGCAUCGCCUCUGCCGUCUAGGUAGUCUCCUCGUGGUGCAUGUUCAGUUCGGGUCCUCGCGAGUGCCAGCUCUUCUCCAGAUCGCCCCCAAGUGCCACCACCACCACGGAAUUCACCGUCUCCACCGCCACCGUGCAAGGCCAAUGUGUGACGACGCUCCCGACGCCUGGAAGCGCGUUCGGAGGUGAGGCGGCGCUUGGCGGCGGCGGCGGCGGCGGCACCACCACCACCACCGUCAUGAACCAGCUGGGGACGGUGUACGCCACCAAGAGGCGCCGACGGAACGGCAAAAGCCUGAAGCCAACGCCCAAAGACGGCGUGACGAAGAGCAACCCUAGCAAACGUCACCGUGAGCGUCUCAACGCCGAAUUGGACACAUUGGCCAGUUUGUUGCCUUUUGAGCAAAAUAUCCUCUCGAAAUUGGACCGACUGUCGAUCCUGCGACUCUCCGUCAGCUAUCUACGCACCAAAAGCUACUUUCAAGUUGUUAUGCACAAAGAUAAGGACGAUGGCGGCCUACAUCGGACCCGAGAUCUCACCGCCUUCGACCACACUCCCCUAGAUGGCGAAAUGUUCCUCCAGGCCUUGAAUGGGUUCCUCAUGAUUCUGACGUGCGAAGGUGAAGUUUUUUUCGCAACGCACAGCAUUGAAGGGUACUUAGGGUUCCACCAGUCUGAUAUUGUCCACCAAUCCGUCUAUGAACUCGUCCAUUCAGAAGAUAGAGAAGAAUUACAAAGACAGUUAAUGUGGAACUCGUUUCUUCCACCCGAAUCGGCUAAUAUGGGCCUUCAAGAUGUUCUCCUACCUGAAAAUUGUCACUUGUUGGAGAGGAGCUUCACAGUGCGCUUCCGAUGUCUCCUAGACAAUACUUCCGGUUUUUUGCGUUUAGAUAUAAGAGGGCGUGUUAAGGUACUCCACGGCCAAAAUCGUAAGUCAGAUGAGGCACCUUUGGCCCUUUUUGCCAUUUGUACCCCUUUUGGACCACCCUCCCUUCUGGAGAUACCGCAGAAGGAAGUCAUGUUUAAGAGUAAGCACAAGUUGGACUUGGCCUUGGUUUCGAUGGAUCAGAGAGGAAAAAUGUUACUGGGGUAUUCUGAUUCGGAGUUGGCCACGAUGGGAGGGUACGACCUAGUGCACUACGAUGAUUUGGCCUACGUGGCAAGUGCACACCAGGAAUUUUCUAGGAUAAAUUUCUAUAACAUUACCGCUGUGAUGUCAAGUGAGAAAGUACUCAAAACUGGCGCUUCUGGCAUGAUAGCGUACCGUUUCCAAACAAAAGACGGUCAAUGGCAGUGGCUCCAAACCAGUUCUCGUCUAGUCUACAAAAACUCCAAACCGGAUUUUGUGAUUAGCACCCACCGGCCUUUAAUGGAGGAAGAAGGUCGCGACCUCCUCGGCAAACGUACAAUGGAUUUCAAAGUGAGUUACUUAGACGCCGGUCUUCCAAACAGCUACUUCUCCGAAAGCGACCUCCUCUCCACCCCCACUGCUCAACAACACAACCUGACCCCAUCUCGCGUCAACCGUCGCUACAAGACCCAACUUCGCGAUUUUUUAUCAACAUGUCGCACAAAACGCAAACUAUCAAACUCCGGUCAAGUAACUCCUCCCACUAACACAACAGUCACCGCCUCCGUGUCCAGCCCCCUCCCCGACUACAUCGCCCCUGACUACAACAUGUACAGCACCUCCUAUCCCACGCCCACGCCCGACCUCUCCUACAUGCCCCACUCCAACUUCUACCCGACCACGCCCCUUGACAACCGGUACUUGACCACGCCCGACAACCUCUUCCACCAAUACCGCCCUCUCGGCACCUACUACCCCGACUAUCACUCCACCCCCUCCUACAACGGCUUUCCCUACGAGCCCACCCCCACCAACUACCCCUGCCAGCAGUCCUACCCCAACUCCUGGCCCUACUCGGUGAGCCCUUCGUCAGGGAUCAUCCAACCAGUGCAAGUCAUGGAGUUGGGGAAGCCCCCAAAAAUCCCAAAAAUCGAGGCCCCCAAAAUGGAGGAGCGGGAGUAUGUGGGGGAGGCGCCCCGCCAGACGGUGCUCAUGUGGGGGUCGAACCCCCCCACCACCAGUGACGAAAGCAGCGAGCUGACCAAUCAGUGGAACGGCGAGGAGAAGACUGAGCAGAACGAGGACAGUCAUCCCCACCACAACCCCCACCAUCAUCACAAUUCGCGCGUUGUCAUGGUGUUGUGAUGAAUGUGGAGGGGGACUCGUGUAUAUAACUCCAGCACACGUAUUUUCCUCCGCGCAAACAUAUCUUCCUGUGUUUUUGUUAUAUUAUUGUCAAUGUCUUCGAUUAGGACCUAACCUUUCUUUUUUUUUGGUUGUUAUUUAUUUUUAGUUUUUACGCAGUGAAAACAUGCUAGUCAACUGGUUACAUACUUGUAUAUGUUGUACAUUAUUAUUUAUGAAUGUAGUAAUAUAAUGAGUAGAUUAGUCCAUUGUUCGAUUGUUUUUCUAUAAAUAUUUACAAAACAAAACGAAAUAUAUAACUUCAUGUACGGUUGAGUUUUAGGGACGAGCAAACAACAUUCCAUUCGAGAUCUUUCAAUUGUACAUUAACGUUUAAGAAUCUUGUAUUACCUGUAACGUGUAUGAAAAUUAUAUAAUGAUAAAAUAAAUUAUAUUACAAUAGAAACAGAUA